AUGACUAUUACCCUGAGCCUCAUCUUUACUUUCACCUUGACCCUGAUCCUAACUUUCACCGGGACCCGGAACUUCUUUCAGAUGUUUAUCCUCACUCUUGAUAUGACCCAUACAUGGAAUCUCACCCUGACUCUGACAGUGACCUUGAUCCUCAACCUGACCCUCACCCUGACCAUCGCCUUGACACUGAUCCUUAAAUCUACACUCACCGUCACUUGGCCCUAUAUCAGACCUUCUCUUCUCCCUCAUCCUAACACUAAUCCCUUCCCUGACCAUGACCCUCAAGCAUUUGCUGCCAUUGGAGAUUACAAUGAACACAUCAGUCUGGAUGUUAACUGUUCUAAGGAGUUAGCCACAGCCAUCCAUGGGGCCAUCAUCCUGGCCAUGUUUUCUGUUGUCCCCGUGUGGCGAGGCACCUGGGGGAACAAGACUGGCAAACCCCACACUGUCCCAUGCAAGGUGACCGGCCGCUGUGGCUCUGUGCUAGUUCCCCUCAUCCUCAUCCCCAGAGGCCCUGGCAUUAUCUCAGCCCCUAUGCCCAAGAAGCUGAUGCUGAUGGCUGGCAUUGAAGACUGCUACACCUCAGCCAGGAGCUCCAUUGCCACGCUGGGCAACUUCACCACGGUCACUUUUGGUGCCAUUCCCAAGACCUACAUCUAUCUCCCUCACCUCUGGAAAGAGACUGAGUUCACCAAGUCUCUCUAUCAGGAAUCCACCGACCGUCUUGUAAAGAUCUACACCACGGUCUCCAGGCAGGGGUACGGCCACCACCUAGUUUUAUACAAGAAAAAUGAAGUGAAUUAG